UGUGUAUAACGCGGAGGUGGAUGGUAUCAGAGGCUAUUUAACAGAUGCUGACUGAGGCUCAUGUCAGUCAGUCAUGGGUCGUCCUGGGAUUCAGAUGUGGACAUGGACGUUGUGCGUCCUGUGCUGGAUGUGUGUUGGUCAAGCAGUGGCAAGACCGCAGUACAUGGUGGCCAUUCCUGCAGUUCUUGAAGUUGGAGCUGAGGCCAAACUCUGUGCGAGUCUCCUGCAGCCCACUGAGGCUCUGGUCAUGACAGUCACUUUGAUAUCCCAAGAGCAGAAUACAACGCUUCUGAAGAAGGCAUCCAGUGAAACGUUUCAUACCUGCACUCAGUUUAAGGUUCCUUUAGUGCAGAAAGACGUGGUGCAGAAGUUGGAGGUAGAGGUAGUAGGUAAUAAUUUUUAUUCAAAAGAAGUCAGGAAAGUCAUGAUCAAAGUCUAUCAACCAAUGACAUUCAUCCAAACAGAUAAACCGAUCUACCUCCCUGGACAAACAGUACAUUUCAGAGUCAUUUCAGUGGAUACCAAGUUCAGACCUGCCAGACAGCUGUAUAAUGUCAUCGAAAUUAUGGAUCCUAACAACAACAGGAUUGGGCAGUGGCUGAAUGAAACGUCAAAUGGUAAAAUACUGCAGCUUUCUUACUCCCUGAACUCUGAGGCCCGUGAAGGAACCUACUAUGUCAUUGUGUCAAUUGGUGAAAAUAAACUACAUCACAGCUUCAAGGUGGAGAAAUAUGUUUUGCCGAAAUUUGAUAUAAAAGUAAAUGUGUCUGAUGAAGUAAGUAUUGAGCAGGUAGAAAUCAAAGCUGAAGUAUGUGCAAAGUAUACAUACGGACAGCCUGUGCCAAGCAGUGUUGAAUUGCACGUGUGCCGACCUCUUCGACCCUUCAUUUAUCAUGUCCUUGAACUCAUUGGAUAUGAAAAGGGUGUCUCUGAUAACAUACAUACCCCAUGCUACAAGGAAACGAAGCAGAUGGACAAGAAAGGCUGUGUCACUUUUACCUUCAAGAUGUCAACUUUCACAAAACAUGACCAAAAAGCACUAGAAGAUAUACUGGACCUCAGUGCCAAGGUAGAGGAGGAGGGGACAGGUAUUUCACAACCACAGAGGAAGAGAAUAGGGAUUUCAUAUGUUGUUGGAAAGCUGUCCUUCAUUGACACACCCAAGAUUUAUGACCAAGGAUCAAAUGUGGAGGGAAAAGUUAAAGCAGUUUACUACAAUAAUACACCCAUUCCUGACAUGCCAGUGUACCUGUUUGCGGGUGUAAGGUGGUCAGCACGUCUGGUACAGAACCUCACAACUGACAGUGAUGGGAUUGCCACCUUCUCAUUCAGCUCUGCUGACUUUGAAGGAUACGUCCACCUCCACGUUAGCAACAAACAGACGCUGGACCACGUUGGUUAUAGAAUGCCAUACUAUGAGGUUGGAGAUCACAUGUUGUCUAUGGCCGAACCUUUUUCUCCUGAUACUAAAACAGCCAGCACCCUGGAGGUGAAGAAGAAGGAUCAGCUACUUCUCUGUGACAGAGAAGAAGACAUCUCCAUCAAAUACACUGUAGUUGGAGAGACCCAGGGCUCUGUGGAUGUGAUGUAUCUGGUCUUAUCCAGAGGAGCCAUUCUCAUGCAAGGAGUUAAGCACGUUGAAGUACAAGAUAAAUCAGUGACUGAGGGAGAGGUGUCCUUCAAGUUGACAGUGUCUGCAGAGAUGGCACCACAGGUCCAGGUUGUAGCUUACGCCGUCCUCCCCAGUGAGACUGUGAUCGCCAACAGUGCUGACUUCUCCACCGAGAAAUGCUUCAGUCACAAGGUGUCGUUGGAGUUUUCUCCGCCCUCAGCUGUUCCAGGGGAGGAAACCAUCCUGCGGGUGACGGCCCAGCCAGACUCUCUGUGUGGUGUGAGUGCUGUCGACCAGAGUGUCCUCAUCAAGGAGCCAGGGAAGACUCUGAAUGCAGACAAGAUAUUUGCCUUCUUGCCUGUCAGAACAGCAUCCUAUAUUCCAUAUGAGGUUCAAGAUCCUGAUGAAUGCUUGCAUGUGAGACCUAAAAGAUAUGUGCCAUACCCUGGAGGCGUCAAUGAAGAUCAUCUUCAUUCAGUUUUCCAGUAUGUAGGGCUGAAGAUAGCAACAAACUUGGUUCUCAGAGUUCCUCGGUGCGUCAAAUACAAAGGAAGAGAAUACCACCAUGGCCAUGGGGUAAUAGCGGAAGGAUUGAGUGGUGUACCUGGUCCUGCUCUCGGAUAUGCUAGAUCACUUUCAUCACCAAUAGAGACAGUCCGCACUUUCUUCCCUGAGACCUGGAUUUGGGACCUGGUGGAAGUUGGAGAGUCUGGAACAAAGGAUGUGUCCCUCACUGUCCCAGACACCAUCACCACCUGGGAGACGGAGGCUUUCUGUUUGUCCCCUCAGGGGUUUGGCUUGGCUCCUCGUAAAGAGAUCACCGUCUUCCAGCCCUUCUUCCUGGAGCUCAGCCUGCCUUACUCCAUCAUCCGGGGGGAGCACUUUGAACUGAAGGCAACCACCUUCAACUACCUGUCCAGCUGCAUCAUGGUCACUGUGACUCCAGCACCCUCUUUAGACUACACCCUCACUCCGCUCUCUGGUGACCAGUACACAUCCUGUUUGUGUGGCAGUGAGCGCAAGACCCUCAGCUGGACCAUGGCCCCCUCAGCCUUGGGGGUUGUGAAUGUGUCUGUGACGGCUGAGGCUGUGGCAUCCCAUGCUUCAUGUGACAAUGAGAUUGUGAGCGUUCCAGAGAGAGGACGUAUCGACGUGGUCACACGAUCUCUCAUAGUAAAGGCGGAGGGAACUGAGAUGACAAAGACCUACAACUUUCUGCUCUGCCCAAAAGGGGAAGCUGUGACAGAGGAAAUAGACAUCCAACUCCCUGAGAACAUGAUUGAUGGAUCUGCCCGUGCUUCACUAUCAGUCCUGGGUGACAUUCUGGGCCGAGCCCUGAGGAACCUGGAUGGGCUGCUGAAGAUGCCGUAUGGAUGUGGAGAGCAGAACAUGGCGCUCCUGGCCCCCAACAUUUACAUCCUCCAGUACCUGGAAAACACACAGCAGCUGACCGCAGCCAUCAAGGAGAAGGCUACCAACUUCCUGACCAGUGGCUACCAGAGACAGCUAAACUACAAACAUGGCGACGGUGCUUACAGCACAUUUGGAUCAGGUACAGGGAACACUUGGCUGACUGCUUUUGUACUGAGAUCUUUUGCCAAAGCACAGUCUUUCAUCUACAUUGACCCAGUAAAGCUUGCUGAGUCUAAGUCUUGGCUGGAUGGCAAACAACGAGAAAACGGCUGUUUCCAGCAGCUGGGAAAACUCUUCAACAACAGAAUGAAGGGUGGUGUGUCUGAUGAAGUGACUCUCAGUGCUUACAUCACUGCUGCCUACUUGGAGAUGAAUGCAUCCGCAAAUGAUCCUGUGGUGAACAAGAGCCUGUCUUGUCUCAGGGAGUCCAUCAGUGACCUCAGCAACACCUACACUACAGCUCUGCUGGCGUACGUCUUCACCCUGGCAGGAGAAACGGAGACCCGUGCUCACCUUCUGAAGCACCUGGACACUGUUGCAUCAAACCAAGGAGGUUUCCUCUACUGGUCUCAGACAGCAACAGAAACGUCAGCCUCUCUGUCUGUGGAGAUCAGCUCCUAUGUGCUGCUGGCCAAACUCAGCGUCUCUCCCACUGCUGAAGACCUGGGCGAAGCCGCCCGCAUCGUCAGAUGGCUGACGGGCCAGCAGAACUAUUAUGGAGGCUUCUCCUCUACACAGGACACGGUGGUGGCUCUCCAGGCUCUGGCUCUCUACGCCACUGCAGUGUUCAGUCCAGAGGGUUCCAGCACAGUGACAGUCCAGUCUCCCAGUGGCCAGCUGACAUUUGAUGUGAAUCAGAACAACAAACUGCUCUACCAGGAGAAGCUGCUGCAGGAAGUGACAGGAAAGUACAACCUGGAGGUGAAGGGCUCUGCAUGUGCUUCAGUGCAGAUCUCUCUUCACUAUAACAUCCCAACUCCUGCUGCUGUCACCACUCUCAGUGUGGAGGUCAAACCAGAGGCCGACUGCACAUCUCUCAGACCCAAACUCACUCUGAAGCUAAAGUCCCUAUAUAGUGGAACAGCAAGCACUACAAACAUGGUGAUCCUGGACAUCAAAAUGCUCUCUGGCUUUGUCCCAGACCCAGAGUCUUUGAGGAGGCUCAAAGGUGCCCUGCUGGUGGAUCGUGUUGAAGAAAAGGAAGAUCACGUUCUGGUGUACAUAACGGAGUUAAUGAAGGACAUACCUAUCAACCACAGCUUAGACCUCCUACAGGAGGUCACAGUGCAGAACCUGAAGCCAGCCGUGGUCAAGAUCUAUGACUACUACCAGCCAAGUGACCAGGCUGAGACAGAAUACAUCUACCCUUGUGCUGCAGCUUGAAGAGCGAACUGUGGUCAGUCCUCAGGUCUUCACUCAUUUCAGUAUAAUUUAAGCAGACCUCAAUUUUAUUACCUAAGAUAGAUUUUAUGUGCCAUGUCAGUUUGUGUAAACAUACACAAACAUUUACCAAUUUAUUACCUUUUAGUAUUUGGCAACUUUACCGUACAACUUUGUAACUACUCUGUGUCAAAGUUAAAUGUAUUCAUAAUGGACAAUAAAAUAUUCUGAAUGUUCAA